AUGAAGCACAUGCGUGGUCUCGUGUCAACAACACAGGCUCUUCGCCAGACAUUCCUGCCACCUCUACAGACCUCUCAAACCCCGUUCCUACGAUACAGUCUUAUCCAGAACCAAACACAAUCGAGAUUAUAUCAAUCCCGUCGUCAGCCACCAGCAAAUCCGCUGGCACAGAGGCAAAUCAGAGAUGAGGAGAUCCGUGCAGAAUUCAUACAGUUGGUGAACGAGGAAGGCAGCCUGGAUGCUCCCGAAAAACUCAGAGAUGUUCUACGGACUCUCGAACGUCCCGAACACUACAUCAUCCAAGUGUCUCCCGGUUCUCGUGAUCGACCACCUGUUUGCAAAAUCGUGAACCGACAGGUCAUGCGCGAGCAAGAACGCGCCAAAACCAAAGCCGCUCAAGCUGCUAAGAGCUCAGUGAAGCAGAUCGAAUUGAACUGGGCAAUUGAUCCUCAUGAUCUGUCGCACCGCAUGAAGCAGCUGACGACCUUCUUGGAUAAAGGACGGAGAGUGGAAAUUGUCCUCAUUAGAAAGAAGGGCAAAAGAGCUCCUACGGUGGAUGAGAUCAAGAAUGUGAUGGACACUGUGAUGGAAACAACCAAGGCAGCCAAUGCCAUGCAAGUCAAGCCUAUGGAGGGUGAAUUAGGAAAAUUUAUCAAAGUUGUGGUGAAGAAGAAGGAUACCUGA